ACAGAAGAACACAGACAUCUUGAACAGAAAAGAAAUACUCAUGUGGUGCCCGUCUGGAGAGACACCCAACAGUAUCCUGGGUAAAAUAGAAUAUCCCGGAUACGGCGGACCGCGGUGGCGUGUCUGUGACGCGCCGCCACGCCUGUACUUUAUAAGGAAACAGCCGACGCCUCCAGGCCAUUCAUCGCCCAGCCUCGCUUCACCGAGGCCGCAGCAGCUCCUGGGUUACCGUACACCCUUUUCAGCCCCAGCGGAAGGCCGCCAUUACAAGGGAAACAGUACAAGAAACUAACCUAUUCUUCUGCACCAAGACCGCCACACCAGCUGGGUCCCGAGGAAAGCCGCGACUCCUUCACAGCCGCAGCAAGGCCCUGAAGCGAGGCGCCGGAGCUCCAACGUUCGGAGGAGCACAGCAAGCAUUUCUUACACCUUCGGAAGAACUCAAUUCACUUCUACACGUCAAAAUGAACUUUAACAACUUCCUCGACGGCUCUCCCUCCGCACACCCGAGACUUAUCAACAACCCCCGCCAACACAACAGCAGCAGCAGCGGUGGCGCGGCCCUGGACCCUUGCACCUUCCAGCCCAACACGCCGCAGCCCUCCCUGGACGACGCCUGGCAGGCUGGCUUCACCGAGGCUCUGCAGCCCGCACCCAGCAAUCUUGGUCGCUACGAAUCUGCCAACCAGGAGACUACGCCCCUGCCGGCCAGUGAGUGGAACAACGGAUACAACUACGAAGAGGUGGGUGCUUAUGGAGGGGCGAACCUCGAGCAUGAGCCUCGGCAUGCUGACCCUGCAGGCACAGGCCACGCACCUGGGGGCGCAGGUUCUCGUGGACGCACGUUGAGGAUGCACGAGUGGCUGCCCCAGUCGGACCCAGAGCUGGAGCGGCGGCGGCUGCGGGCUGUGCGGCAGUGGCAGAAGCGCCAAAGAGAGCAGCAGGAAGCAGAACAUCUUCAGAGAGACUUUGACGACGCCAUGAGGGAGGUCACAGAACUGAGCCCCGAGGUAAACCGGCUACGACGACAAGUGCACAUUCUGGAGCAGUACGCGGCUCAGCAAGGCUAUUCCUGCUGAGCAACUGAGUGCUGACCUCGGUUACCUAAGAGUCAAGGAUUUGAUACCCAGGGCAAUGUUUUUGUGAGAGAAUGUGUGAAGCUGCGCGAUUCUUCACUCUUUGUCAUUGUUUGUCAACACGUCUGGUGAAUGAAUGUUGUGUUUGGUCUUCAUACCCAGAGUCAAUGUAUCCGUGAAUGUGUGAAGCUGCUUAAUUGUACUAUCUCUGUCUCUAUUUAGCAACACGUCUGGUGAAUACAUGUUUUGUUUUAGUAUUGAACCCAUAACUGGCCAUCCAUAUACAGAGGCCACUUUUUGUGAGAGAAUGUGUGAAGGCUGGGUUGGUGGUGGUGGUGCAUGGUUGUGGUGGUGGUGCAAGGUUGUGGUAGUGGUGGUGAGGGUUGGGUUGGUGGUGCAAGGUUGUGGUGGUGUUGGU